CAGCGUAAAGAUUGUCCCUUUUCGGCGCAGAACAUGAAUAAGCUAUACAUUGGCAACGUGAGCGCAGAGGCGACCGAGGAGGACUUCGAAACUCUCUUUGAGCAGUGGAAGAUUCCGCACAGUGGUCCAUUUCUUAUCAAAAACGGCUAUGCGUUUGUGGAUUGCCCGGACGAGAAGGCUGCAAUGAGGGCCAUCGAUAUUCUUUCAGGUAAAGCUGAACUUCACGGGAAAGUUCUGGAAGUGGAGCACUCGGUCCCUAAACGUCUAAGGAGCUGUAAGCUGCAGAUCAGGAACAUCCCGCCUCACAUGCAGUGGGAGGUGUUGGAUGGGAUGCUUGCUCAGUAUGGUGCAGUAGAGAGCUGUGAACAAGAUUUCACAGAGACUGAUGUGUCUUUUAUUGUCUUCAGGGCAAUGGAGAAGCUGAAUGGAUCUAUGAUGGAGAACUAUGCCUUGAAAGUGUCCUAUAUCCCAGAUGAGACGGCUGCACCGGAGGGUCCUUCGGUGGGGGGCAGGAGAGGCUUCAACACCCGCGGACCGCCUCGCUCCGGCUCUCCAAGUCUGGGUGCUCGGCCCAAAACGCAGUCAGAGGUCCCGCUCCGCUUGCUGGUCCCAACGCAGUUUGUAGGAGCCAUCAUUGGCAAGGAAGGCGCCACUAUCCGCAACAUCACCAAACAGACCCACUCAAAGAUUGACAUCCAUAGGAAAGAAAACGCAGGUGCAGCAGAGAAGCCCAUCACAAUUCACUCCACGCCUGAAGGCUGUUCGAACGCUUGCAGAACCAUCAUGGAGAUCAUGCAGAAGGAAGCUCUUGACACAAAGUUCACCGAGGAGAUCCCACUGAAGAUCCUUGCACACAACAACUUUGUAGGAAGAUUAAUAGGGAAAGAAGGACGCAACUUGAAGAAAAUUGAGGUGGACACGGGGACCAAGAUCACAAUCUCACCUCUCCAGGACCUGACCAUGUACAACCCAGAGCGGACCGUCACAGUGAAGGGCACCCUCGAUGCGUGCGCAAAAGCCGAAGAGGAAAUGAUGAAGAAGCUCCGGGAAUCGUAUGACAGCGACAUGGCUGCUAUGAACCUCCAGUCCAACCUGAUUCCAGGCUUGAACCUGAACGCUUUGGGCCUGUUCCCCAGCGGAGCACCAGGCAUGGGUCCCUCCAUGUCCAGCCUCCCGCCUCCUGGAGCCCACGGCGGAUGCUCGUCAUUCGGAUGCAGCCCUUAUGGGGGUGAGGGGCCAUUUUGGGCUUCUGUGCUGUCGGCGAGCAGCCAGCCCCUCGCUGGACACCCCGAGUCGGAGACGGUUCACCUGUUCAUUCCUGCACUUGCGGUGGGAGCCAUCAUUGGAAAACAGGGUCAACACAUCAAACAGCUGUCACACUUUGCCGGAGCCUCAAUCAAGAUUGCACCUGCGGAAGGAAUGGAUGCCAAGCAGAGGAUGGUCAUCAUCAUUGGACCACCGGAGGCUCAGUUUAAGGCUCAGUGUCGUAUCUUUGGCAAGCUGAAGGAAGAGAAUUUCUUUGGACCCAAAGAAGAGGUGAAGCUGGAGGCUCACAUCAAGGUUCCCUCCUGUGCUGCUGGACGAGUCAUUGGGAAGGGUGGAAAAACGGUAAACGAACUGCAGAACUUGACCUGUGCAGAAGUGGUGGUGCCCCGGGACCAGACGCCUGAUGAGAAUGAUCAGGUUAUAGUCAAGAUCAGUGGACACUUCUUUGCAUGCCAGCUGGCCCAGAGAAAGAUUCAGGAGAUCCUGGCCCAGGUGAGGAGGCAGCAGCAGCCGAAGCCCGCACCCGGAGCCCAACCUCCACUGCCCCGCAGGAAGUAAAGAGCCAG